GUCAGUAUCCACACAUGGAAUUGCUAGCCUUUUCAGAAUAGCCGCAGUAAAGAUUUCGCUCUGUCCGAAUAAGUAGUCGAAAGUAAAUGUCAUCUUAAAAAAAUAGUGAUUUGGGGUGGUAAUCUCAUAGCGGGUUCGAUCGCAAACUAGUCAAAGCAGUCUUGUCGGAGAUUAUUUCCCUUUGAUUUUUCAUUUUAUUUUUUUUAUUUUUUCCAUCGCUAAUUCUUUCGAAUACAAAGUUGUGUUGCCCUUUAAGCUAUGGAGAAGAUGGCAAGACCUCUCCCCUUAAACCCAACUUUCUUACCUCCAACUCAUGGGGUUCUGAAAUCCUUGCUGGAAAAUCCAAUGAAAUUGCCACUUCACCACGAAGAAGGUUUUGGAAAAGAAAAGGAAAAGGAGAAGAAGUUAGAUGAUGAUGGAAAUGCUCCACAGUCAGCUUUCCUGGGCCCAACUCUGUGGGACAAGACUUUGCCUUACGAUGGAGACAACUUUCAGUUGGAAUACAUGGACCUUGAGGAGUUUCUCUCUGAAAAUGGAAUCCCUUCCAGUCCCUCUCAGCAUGACCAAAACCAGCACCAGCACCCGCACCAACACCAACACCAACACCAACACCAACACCAGCACCAGCACCAGCACCAGCACCAGCACCAGCAGCCAUCCCUGCAGCAGGUGCCACCUCCACCAUCAGUCAUGGACCUCAGCAACCGUGCCACCACAUCCAUUCACACAGCCAUGGUCUCUCAGAACUGUAUCCACAGCAGCAGCAGAUCAGUAUUGCCCUCAUCUCGCAACACUCCCAGCCCCAUCGACCCUGAGACCAUCCAGGUGGCAGUGAGCUAUGAGCCCGACCCGGCGGACCUUGCGCUGUCCAGCGUCCCCGGCCAGGAGAUGUUCGAUCCCCGCAAGCGCAAGUUUUCUGAGGAGGAGCUGAAGCCUCAGCCAAUGAUCAAAAAGGCACGCAAGGUCUUCAUCCCUGAUGAAAUGAAGCAGGACGACAAAUACUGGACAAGGCGCAAAAAGAACAACCUGGCAGCCAAGAGGUCGCGGGACGCCCGGCGGCUGAAGGAGAACCAGAUCGCCAUCCGGGCCAACUUCCUGGAGAAAGAGAACGCCGCCCUGCGGCAGGAGGUGGCGGAUUUGAGGAAGGAGCUGGGCCGCUGUAAGAACGUGGUAGCCAAAUACGAAACUCGCCACGGGCCUCUGUGAGCGGACAACCUCCCACCCCCGCUUCCCUGCUCCACGCAGUCGAGAGGUUGAAGGACAAUGUGUCUCCCAUCCAGUAGCACAUCCCCACUCCCCAGCCUAGCUUUCAUCCCCUCUGAUUCUAUUUCUGUUAUCGGCACUUUACCAGAAGCAGAAAAGAUAGCUGUCUAUAUGGUAUACAUAUUAGUAUUGGUAUUACUUUUCUUUGAACCGACCUGCCACCCCAUCUUCCAAUCUUCUAAAUGUUUUUAAAUUGUUUCCUUUUCUCUUUGCCUCUUCUGUACAUAUUGCCAGCCCUGAGAACUGUUGUAGCAUUUAUUUUCUCCCUUGUAUAUUUUUUACAUUUUAUUUGUCUUUUUUAGUGCUGCUCCUGAACUGAAUAUACUACCUACUGCCCUGUUCUCUUUGUAUGUAAUUUCUUUUUAAAUAUGAACAGGAUAGGCCUUUGGAAUAGGCCUCAAAUUAAGUGUAUAUUGUCUUUGUUUCUGUGUAACAAGCUUUAUUUCUGACAUUUUAAUUGCAGGAAUUUUUUUCUAGUAAAUUCCAUGCAUAAUUUUGAGCUUCUCUUGUUGAAGUCAAUAUUAUUAUGUUUGAGUUAAUUGUGAUCCCUUAUCUAUUUUAUCUAUUCAUUUGAAAGUAAUGUCUGAUAACACUAGCUGCAUUAGCUUUCCUAGCCUCUCUACAUGCUUUUAAUUUCAGACUGAGGGAUUAGCCCUUCACAACCCACACAACUUGGUAUAAAAGAUUACUGUAAAAUAGGUUUUGACACUGUCUGAACAUGAAGCAAUAAUCCCAGCAUUUGCAAGAAUACCUUAUACAGUAUGUCUUAGACAUGAAUCCAAUCUCCCUCUGUUAUUUCGAGCAGAACUAGCUAGCAGCCUAGAUGGCAGGAUCUUCCUUCCUAAUAAGAGAGACAAAUGCCAUCGAUGGUGAAAGCCCUGCCUUUACAUUUACAUUACAGCUGACGCUCUUAUCCAGAGCGACUCACAGGGGUGGAAUUGUAAAACUAUAAUGGCUGCCGGAAAGAUAGUUUUCCUUUGUACUUGCGUGUUUUACAAUCUGAACAUUUGCAAUCUUUUUACUAUUUCAAUCUAUUCUGCAUAAUUUCGUGUAUGUUCUCAACUCAAUUUAUAAUUAUUAUUAUUAUUAUUAUUAUUAUUAUUAUUACUAGUAUUACUAUUAUUAUUGUUGUUGUUAAUCAACAAAACAAUUCAAGAUCCAGUGCUUUACCAUUUUUCUGAGCAUGAUCAAUUUUUUGGUCAAGUUUUGGUCAUAUAUUAUAGGUAUGUGUUUGCCUUGUGGGUUGGGCAUGAGAUGAAUGUAAAAGAUGUACAACAGAAAGGUGGAUGGUGUUGUUCUAAACUGUGGUUACCUAAAUCAAUUUAUUAAUGUUUACUAAAGACCAAAAUCUAUAAUACAUGAAAUAUAUUGAUUAUAAGAGUUUUAAUGUUUAUACAAAGCUGUAAGUUGUUUUUGUACAGUAUUUUUUCCUAUACAGAUACUGACAGUGUAUUUUAAAUGGCACAGUAAAUUUACACACUCACCCACACACACAUACGCACACGCACACGCACUCGCACACACGCAUAUGCACACACGUGCGUGCAUGCCUGAGUGGGCAUCAAGAGUUGGGAUUUAUCUCAUGUAUGUAGUAUGUAUGAUUCAACUCUGAGAAAAGGACUGCUGUUAAAUUUAUUACACAUUGUUGUUUUGUCCAAAAACUGAAUACUGAGCCUCUUGUGGCCAUUAUCGUGACCUUUUAUUCUGUCACAUAGCUAACAUGACUAAACAGCUUGAGAAUAGCCCACACACACCAAAAACCAGAGUAUUCUGAAAAAUAAAAAUACAAAUGCACAUAAAGUACACAUACACUUCAUAUCAAGGAAUAGCAAUACAUCCUGUAUACAUAUGAUCACUGGCAUAAUUUCAGUUAUAGAAACAUCUGUCAGGAAAACAAGAUGCUAACUUCUCUGCAUUCUCAUUCUAAUCUUCAGCUAAAUGUUGGCUUUCACUCCCAUGUUAGCGAAGGCAAGAACAUUUUCGACUUGGUAGCUACCAGUUGUUUUUACUUUGGUUUAUCUGUAGUUUCUGGAAGCAUAGAUAACAUUGCACAAAUAUUUGAUUUGAUUGGAUUGCUUUACAUGAUCAUUGGCACACAGAGCUUUCAUAGUUCAACAUGUUCUGAACAUAUUGUAAAUGAAGUUUAGUUAUAUGUACAUGUGCAUUACAACAUAUAGUUAUAUUGUACUGGGUCAGAUAUUAUUGGAAGAGAAGAAUUUUACAUACAUGUAAAUAUAUUUUAUAAAAUGAUGAUUAUUUACAGAUAAUUAUUGUAUGUGCAGAAAUCUGUUGGGAGUGUGAAGGCUGACAGAGCUGCCCUCUUGGGAGACUUUAAGACAGGCAGCCAUACCAAGAAUAAUGAAAAUCAGUGCAGGUGUGAGAGCAAGCUGAAGCUCCUCUGGUCCUGCAGUGCUGUUGUGGGCUUGCAUUUACAAGGUAUUCGUAUCAGAUUUCUCAUGGUUGUUUUUCUUUUCUAGUUUUGUGUUUCUUGCUGGAGUACAUGGUGAAUUAUGUGGGAUCUGAGGUUUUCACAAACCCAGGCCGUUUUACUUUUCCCAGUUAGCACCUCCCACUUAUUGAGCUCUUUUGUGUUAAAUGUUUUAAAAAAUUAUUGAAUUCUUUUAACUUGAAAAAAAACAACAAAAACAAACAAAAAACAAAAAUACACAGGAUAAAGCCAGAAUUAUUUAUAAUGUCCCCUCAUCCCAUGUGUGUAUCUCUACCUCAUAUAAAGGAAAAUAACUAUGAUUCCGAGUCUGUUCAAGUGCCUUGACUACAUGCUGGCUGUUCCACGCUCAAUCAGCAAUCAGUUGUACCAUAAUGCGGACCUGAGUUUUCACAACCCCACUUGGAAAGGCUCAGGACUGCACAGAAGGGCUGUCCCGUCCACCAGUCCUGACCACUUUAUUUCAUUUGAGCAUUAUUUGUUUCUGAUGCUACAGUGGGAUGAAUACGCAGUAUUUCUGGCAACACCAGUCGGCUGUUUCUCCGAGGGUACAUUAAUACAGAUAAAAGGUUACAAUUUUAUCUUAUUUGUCAUGGAAUGGAUGCAUAUGCUGUUCAGCCCAGCUCCUUUUUCUGUAUGUAAUUCUUAGUGUUAAAUAAAGUAUUUACAAUUUA